GAAUUUUGAACGACUUAACAUUAAAGAAAUGAAGGGAAAAAAGUCUGAACAGAUUAGAAAAGAAAGGGCUAAAGGAAUCUAACGGGGCGAACAAGUCAGACACAGCAAUUUCCUGGGUCUCUGUGUUCUAUUCCUACAACGUAUGUGGUUGAGUUGAUUGUAUGCUUUCCCUCUUCCUUUUAUGUAGUUGACGGAACCAGACAGAUAUGAGAUGAUGCUAAUGCAAAGUUGGAACGAGAAAAAAAUACUCUGAAACAAAGGAAGAAGACGAAGAAGAAGGGAUUUGAUCUCGGAACUCCGUUUUUUUUACUUGCAAAUUGAAAUCACGUAAAAAACAGAUAUUAGAAGAGGAUUUUUUCUUUUUCAAGAAAAGUUUGUGUAUAUCUCGGGGAAAAGAAAAAAGAAUAAACGAAAAAUAAAUGAAGACUUCUCUGAGACGGUUGCGAGGUUUUGCACUUCACAAACGCGGUGGGGAAACCAAGGACCGAAGAGAUCUUCGACCUUUGGCUCAAUUGGACGAGCUCGCUCAGGCUUCUCAGGAUAUGGAGGAUAUGAGAGACUGCUAUGAUAGCUUACUUUCUGCAGCUGCAGCAACUGCAAAUAGUGCUUACGAAUUCUCGGUGUCAUUGCGGGAAUUGGGUGCUUGUCUUCUUGCAAAAACGGCAUUGAAUGAUGAUGAAGAAAGUGGUAAAGUAUUAUUAAUGCUUGGAAAAGUACAGUUCGAACUCCAGAAACAUGUUGAUAGCUAUCGGUCUCAUUUAUUUAAGACAAUCACAAGCCCAUCAGACUCCCUUCUUAAUGAGCUUCGAAUAGUUGAGGAGAUGAAGCGGCAAUGUGAUGAAAAAAGAAAUGUGUACGAGUACAUGGCAAUGAGACUCAAAGAAAAAGGAAGACCAAAAAGUGGGAAAGUGGAGAAUUUCUCUAUGCAACAAUUACAGGUAGCACAUGAUGAAUAUGAUGAGGAGGCAACUUUAUUUGUUUUUCGUUUGAAAUCUCUGAAGCAAGGACAAUCAAGAAGCCUUCUUACACAAGCGGCCAGACACCAUGCUGCUCAGUUGUCCUUUUUUAAAAAGGCUCUUAAGUCUCUUGAAGAAGUAGAGCCACAUGUGCAGAAGAUCACUGAGCAGCAGCAUAUUGAUUACCACUUCAGUGGACUUGAAGAUGAUGACGGAGACAAUGGUGGGGAUGAUGACAGUUAUGAUAACAAUGAUGAAGAUUAUGAUAGUGAUGAUGAUGACAAUGAUGUUUAUGACAUGCAUGAUGAUGGUGAAUUGAGCUUUGACUAUGGACAAAAUGACCAAGAUCAGAACAUGGUUCCUACAACACGACACUCGAUGGAGUUGGAUCAAGUGGGCCUUACAUUUCCCCAAGUUGCAAUGGUGGAGGCUGCAAAGGAAAAUCUAGAAAGAACGCGCCGCCAUUCUUUUUCAUUUAGAGGGGAAAUGAGGAACAGCAGCCAAUCAGCCCCGCUUUUUGCUGAAAACAAAUCUGACCCUUCUGAGAAAAUGCAACCGUUAUUGGCACGAAAGUUCAACUCAUAUGUAUUACCUACACCAGUUGCUACAAAAGGUUAUAUUGGAUUAGGUAAUCCAGCUCCUCAAUCUUUCAAGACAAGUUUGAAUGAACGUUCAAAUAAUUUGUGGCAUUCAUCUCCGCUUGAACAUAAGAAAUAUGAGAGGAUUUUGGGAGAUGAGAAAUAUUCUGGAUCUGCUGUUAUGAAUGCACAGUCAGUGCUGAAAGAGAGCAAUAAUAAUGCUUCUUCAACUCGACUACCCCCUCCUUUGGCUGAUAGGGUUUUAUUUUCGCGGGUUAGUCCAAUUGCUGCUUCUGAUUCCAAGAAAAUCAAACGACAAGCCUUCUCUGGUCCGUUGACAAGUAAACCAUGGCCUACUAAACCUGUUUCAGUGGAACAUCCUGGAUUGUUCUCUGGACCAAUUUUGAGAAAUCCAAUGUCUCAACCACCAUCAACAUCUCCAAAAGUAUCACCAAAUACUUCCCCUACUUUUGUGUCAUCACCUAAAAUAAGUGAGCUUCAUGAGCUUCCAAGACCCCCAGCAAGUUCAGUCUCCAAGUCUUCAAGACCUUUAGGCUUGGUUGGUUAUUCAGGCCCUUUGAUGUCUAGAGGUCAAGCCUUCUCUGCUACAAAUAAAUCAGUGGUGUCAAGAGCAGCCUCUCCACUGCCAAAACCUCCACAGGCUGUCACCCGCAGUUUCUCCAUACCCUCAAGUGCUCAUAGAGUGAUGUCAUUACCUGUGUCCGAGCCACUGGAAACUGCUGUCAAUUCAGGGAUAUCUGAAGAUGUUGCCUCACCUCCUUUGACACCAAUAUCUUUAUCUCAAAUCCAGCCGUCAUCAGCUAGUUCAGAGACUGUUGAUAGGAGCUGAUUGAUUAAAUCUAUUUCUGGUACUGAUUUCAUUUCUGACCAAUGGGGGCUAAAAAGAGUUUUUACCGUAUCAUGCAAGUGCAGAUAUGUGAAUAUAUCCUUGUCUAUUUAUUUUUCCUAUAUCAUUUUGAUAUGUUUUAGCCACUCCUUGUCUAUUGUGAAGAACACUUGGCAUGGCUUAGUCAAAUAAUUGUCACGUGUUCCAUCAUUUUUGAGAAAUUUUGUAUUUUCUCCAAGGCAUUUAAUAGCUAAUUCAAUUCUUUUACCCUA